AAUUAUACCGCUGCGUUUGUGAGGUAUUCAGCGUGUGGUUGUCUCGGGGAGGCCUCUGACUGGUGGCAGAACUUGAAACACUGCAGGUCGGUGUUCAAUCCCCGACUAUCCAAGAAGGUGGAACCGGUAGCCUUAUAAGAAGAACCACAACACAGUAUUGGAUCUUCUAGCAUCUCUUAAGUGCUGUCCCAAGAAAGUGCUGGCUGAACUUUGUACCCUUGUUGAAAAAAAAAGUUGAGUUCCUGCACAUAACUCAAGAAACCAGAAAAUGAUUUGCAGCUAAACUUUUUCUUACAAGUUAUAGAAACUAAUAUUUUGUUUUCCUUCGUUAAUCUUCGAGUGAAUAAUACGAUUAAAGAAGAAGAAGAAUUGAUAGAUACACAAAAGCAAGAACGUGAUUAAUAUGUGAUUAAUAUGUGAUUAAUUCAAGUUCAAGUAUGUUUAUUUGAGAUAAGCAAUAAAUACAUCUCAAAGGGAUAGAGUAGCUUAGGCUAUUUCUACCCCCCCCUAAGUGAUUAAUAAUAUCAGCGGGGCAUUGCCGUUUUCCGAACGCUGCAGAACCCUCUGGCCGUUUUCUCAGGGAAAACGGAGGUGUCACUCAGGGGGGGUGUCUCUGUCAUUACAAGAAAACCCGAAGGAACUCCAGCAGAAUGGGAGGGGUUCUGGGAACCAGUGGUUCACUGGUGAUUGACCACACCAUGGACGACGUGCCUCUACACCAAAUGAGGAAUGAUUCGCUCAGACAUGGUUCCAUCGCUACGAUCACCGGAGGGGACUCACCUCCUGCCUACAAAGACGACCCAGCUAGACUGCUAGAGAAACCAGAGGAGCGGAGGGCGCGGAAGAGAUCCCACUGGGUAGCUUACACCACCAUGUUCGUCAUGUCUAUCGGGUUUUCCAUUGUCCUCAGUGGCGUCUGGCCUUACCUUCACGAGCUGGAUAAAAAUCUGCAAAAGGAGUCGUUGGGUUGGGUCAUUGCAGCGAAUCCUCUGGGACAGAUGCUGGCGUCUCCUCUUCUUGGUCUGUGGGGAAAUAAAUCUGGCAGUAUCAGGUUGGCCUGCCUCAGCACCGUAGUUAUGUUCAUCUUUGGCAACAUCAUGUACUCGUUACUGUCGUUGUUCAACAACAUGGGAGAAAUGGCACCGUACUAUGCUAUGAUCGUCUCGAGAUUCAUCGUUGGUGUCAGCUCAGCCAACGUCACACUGUGUCGCUCCUACCUGGCCUCCUCCACCACCCUGCAGGAACGCACUGUGGGCAUCUCAAUCAUCGCUGCUGCCCAAGCCCUUGGCUUCGUCAUCGGGCCAGGUAUCCAGGCGAUACUAACUGUGGCAAUCCCUGACGGCGUGGACACGGGAGUGAGCUGGUUUGUUUGGGACAAGUUUACAGCAGCCGGAUGGGUAGCUGGUUUACUAGGAUUUAUUAACCUUGUACUACUGUUGCCUUGCGUCUUUACGGAGUACAACAUUGCAGACAAGGAGCGCGAAAUGUUAAAAUUAUCUCGCCAAGACGACGAGAACAUGAAGCUGCCGAAACCGAAUUACGUUGGCAUUUGUGGAGUACUUUUUGCCUUUUUCAUCGUCCUGAACAUGUACGUGCUGCUAGAGACCCUGGCCGUGCCCUUCGUGAUGGACCAGUACGCCUGGUCGGAGUCCAAGGCUAUGAUUGUGGUGGGUGUGGCGCUCAGCGCUGGAGGUCUCUUGUCCAGCUUCAUAUAUGUCCUUAACGGGAUACUCUCAAAGAAAUACGAUGAACGAAAGGUAGUGAUUUUACUGGGAUUACUUCCAAUGAUUGUGGGGACUUUCCUCUUUUUGCCUUGGGGGAAUGGCAAGAUUCACAUACAAGUGUGUCACCUUGCAGGUGAUAACACCACGACAGUUAUGACCACUACAGAGCUGACUACUGCAAGCGGAACACCGGAAACUGACUACAUCAGUUAUCUCUUGGCUGAAGCUACCAACGACACAACACAAAUAUGUGACUACGGAUGCCCCGCAAGUCAGACAUGGUGCGAAAAUACCCCGAAACUCCCCGAAGUGCAACUUCUGAUCGCGUUCAUAAUCACCUUUUCCGGUUACCCUGUGGCUCAGGGCAUAAUCCAGGCCAUAUUUUCCAAGAUGCUAGGACCCAAGCCACAGGGUGUCUGGAUGGGCAUACUGACUGGAGUUGGCAGCUUCAGUCGUAUCAUGGGUCCUAUAUUCGUCUCCUACGUGUACACGGACUUCGGCACCAGAUGGUGCUUUGGAAUCCUGAGCUGUGGAAUGGUUCUGGCUCUUGUGGAUUUAAUCGUUUUUUACAAACGCCUCAUCCCGAUGAAGCUGCCAGAUGUGAAUAACAAGCACGCGUACGACGGCCCGGCAUCUGAGAGAUCCUAGUUGCUAUCCGAUUAGAUUUUAUUGACUUGAUAUGGAAUAUUAUUUAGAAUGUAAUUCAAAUAUAAUUCGUUUUACUAUA